AUGAAGCCUGAGUACGAUUUUCUCUUCAAGCUGCUCCUCAUUGGGGACUCCGGCGUGGGCAAGUCUUGCCUGCUGCUGCGUUUCGCCGACGACACGUACACUGAAAGCUACAUCAGCACAAUCGGCGUCGAUUUCAAAAUCCGCACAAUCGACUUGGACGGGAAGACAGUCAAGCUGCAGAUCUGGGACACUGCGGGCCAGGAGCGCUUCCGCACAAUCACUUCUUCUUACUACAGAGGCGCCCACGGCAUUGUCGUCGUCUACGACGUCACUGACAGAGAGUCUUUUGCCAACGUCAAGAACUGGAUGCACGAGAUCGAACGGUACGCAAUGGAGGGCGUGAGCAAACUGCUGGUGGGGAACAAGUCGGACUUGACGGCCAAAAAGGUGGUCAGCUUCGAAGAGGGCAAAGAGCUCGCGGACUCCUGCAACAUCCGCUUCAUAGAGACUUCUGCGAAGAGCGCGCAAAACGUCGAAGAGGCUUUCCACAUAAUGGCGUCGGAGAUUAAGGCCCGCGUGCAGGUGGGGCAGCAGCAAAGUCGGCAGCAGCAAAAUGUCCGCAUUGGCCCCUCGCAGCCAGUGCGGGGAGCUGCGGGCUGCUGCGGCCGCGGCUAA